AGCGACUUACAAUAAGUGCAUUUCAACCGUAGAGAUACAACCUCAGAAGAACAGGUUACAAGAAAGUACAAUUUUCAAAUGAGCAGUUUCAGAACAUGUAGAUAAGUGCCAUUAUAAGUACAUUUUAAGUGCUACGAUUUGUUAGUGCUACAGUUUGUUAGUGUUUUAGUCAACUUAGAGUCUAAAGAGGCUGGAUCCUUGAAGGUUUCAGAAGUAUUUUAGGUCUUGGGGAUGAAAAUGAAAUUGUGGCAAUAUCUCGGUCUACGUCUGUCUUUUCAAAAGAUCGGGCUGACCGUCAAGUGAAGCAGCAGCCCCUAAAAACAUCAGCCAGAUAGAAAAAAAAUCUUGUGAACUUAAAUCGGAAUCGACACCACAAAAGCCCCGCAGGCUGUUUCACUUUCAGACAACUGGGCUAAUGUACCUUUCUCGUGUUAAGCUGUGUAAACUUAGAAAACCACAAGACUGGAAAGAGAGGGAGGAGAGGAAAAAGAGGGGAACGACUUGGGGGUGGAGGGUGUGUGUGUGUGUGUGUGUGUGUGUGUGUGUCUGGAAGUGCAAAUGGCAGCAGGGAGGAGGAAUGUGAAACAUUUCUUAUGCCGGUCCAGCGGCUGUUUACACGGUAGUCCGCCUGUGACAUCAGAGUCCAGACUUUUAUAAAUGUCAGCAGGCGCAGAGAAUGAGCAGUUAGCAAACAGCGUCACACAGGUUCAUUGAGACGGAGUGAGCUCCAUCAGCAGCGCAAGCCCCCCAUGGACCGACUGCUGCGCGACGGCGCCAUCGCUGUGGCCCUGCUGCUGUGUGUGGCCACACAGGCGUUGUGCCGGCUGUGCGACACUCCCUGCCUCUGCCCCAGGUCCGCGCCCCGGUGCCCGGCGGGGGUCCCACUGGUCCCGGACGGCUGCCGGUGCUGCCGGGUUUGCGCCCGGCAGCGAGGCGAGCCCUGUAGUUCCACUCGCCACACCUGCACCGACAGGUUGCCCUGCGAUGCCCGGAGAGGACUGCGGUGCGACUACGGCGCCAGCUUCCCCGGGGACGCGGGGGAGUGUGUCGGUCAGGAGGACCUGCGCUGCGAAGUCAACGGCGUCACGUACAGCGAGGGCCAGUCGUUCCAGCCCUCCUGCGACACCCACUGCCACUGCAGAGGUGGAGGGGUCAGCUGUUUGCCCGCUUGUCCUCUGAACGUCCGUCUUCCCACUGCGGAUUGUCCAAACCCACAGCGUGUCCGGUUACCGGGGAAAUGCUGCAAAGAAUGGGUGUGUGAGAACCUGGACAACACCGUCCUUCACGAUGCCAUCACAGCCUCCAGGCACGGCGGAUCGUGGCCGGCUCUCCCGAUGGAUCGCCGCCUCAAUAAACUGGUGCCACCCGCCUCCACCUGCACAGAGCGGAGCACCAAGUGGAGCGCCUGUUCCCGGAGCUGCGGGUCCGGGGUCUCCACGCGUGUCUCCAACCGGAACCCAGCCUGCACGCUGCAAAUGGAGACCCGACUUUGUGAAGUGCGUCCUUGCCAUCCAGUUCGGCCGCUCUCAGGGGAACCCGCGUGGGGACCACAGCGGCGGUGCGAGGCCAGCGUGGCGUCGCCGGGUCCCAUCCGGCUCGUUCACCAGGGCUGCCGCAGCACCCGCGCCUACCAGCUGCGGUACUGCGGGCAGUGCCCCGACGCCCGCUGCUGCACGCCCCAUCACACCACCACGGCCGAGGUGGCCUUCCGCUGCCCGGCGGGCAGGCGGCUGCAGAGGGCCGUGAUGAUGAUCCACUCCUGCGUUUGUCACAACAAGUGCCCCUACUCCCCUCACAGUAACCCGGCCCUGUGGGGGUACAGGCCCCGAUCGGCCUGAUUCAUUCAGACUCCACUGAUUGAUUAAAUCACCUGGUAGAUACAUGAGGACAUUUAAUCAAUGGGACGUGGAAGAGGAAAAAGGCGACCGUAGGUAAAAACUGUGAUUGGGUUGGGAUGAACUUAAAUACAACGCAUUGUGCUGGUUUCUUUAUUAGUUAGACGCAAGGCAACAAAUAACACUUGAUUUAAAGUGUAUAGCACUUUAUUUAACAACUAAGUUACAAAAGAUUCAAAGGGAGAAGGUAAGAGAGACACUAUAUAAAACAACCUGAAACAAGUUCCUCACCAACUAAACAGAGGAUUAGGAAAACAAAAAGGGUUUAAGAAAGAAAUGCACUGAUUUUACUUGAUAGGACUUUUCCACCUGGGGGCACAAUAACUCCUUAACUCCAUUACAGCAGUAUCUAAUCAUGUAAUGCCAAACAAAAGUC